AUGCAUGUGGUCGAUAAUUCAAAUGACGCCCCGCAAAAGAUACUUCCGCUGGCCAGAGCCGCUAGACCAUCCACAUCUGCUGCUGCGCGUUGGCAGGCAGUUGUGAACCGCGAUGCCACGGCUAAUACAUUCGUCUACGCCGUCCUGACGACAAAAAUAUACUGCCGCCCAUCCUGUCCAGCUCGUCUUGCCCGCCGGGCCAAUGUCAGAUUCUACGACACGCCCUCACAGGCAGAAUCAGCAGGGUUCAGGCCUUGUAAGCGCUGCAAACCGGAAACACACUGCGCGGCAAAUCCACAGGUCCAGUUGAUACAAAAGGCUUGUGAAACCAUCAAUUCGGAAGCGCUGAAGGGCUGCAAACCGACGCUUCAAAAGCUGGCCGGCGAGGCCAACCUGACGCCCAGUCAUUUCCAUCGCAUUUUCAAAAAGGUCAUGGGCGUGACGCCGGGGCAGUACGCAGCUGCUGCUCUGGAUUGUCAUAAUCAAAAUGCGUCGGUCGACUCUGGUCAGGAUGAAAAUUCGAGUGUGAACCGGCAGCUUUAUGACGAUGGCGUCUGCCAUGAUCCUUGCCCAUUUGGCGGUUUGAAUGAUUCCCUUGCUUCAACCACGAACGAUGCUGUUCUAUGGAAUGAAUUUGAUGCUAUGUUAGCUGUAGAGAACGAGUAUAUUCUGUGGCCGGAGGAAGUACAGUAG